CCGGAGGAUGGCCUUGGGUGCUCCGGCCGCCGCUCGUGGGUUCCUGCUGCUGCUCCUGCUCUGGCCGCUGCCUCAGGUGGCGCUAGGCUUCGCGGACGACAGCUGCGACAACUCGGACGUGUGCCCGCCCCAGGCCCGCUGGAGCAGCCUGUGGUACGUGGGGAUCAUCCUGCUUGGUGUCCUAUUGCUGCUGCUGUGUGCUGUCGCAGCCAGUUGUGUGCGAUUCUGCUGCCUCCGGAAGCAGGCACAAGCCCAGGCCCACUUACUGCCCCCCCGGCAGCCCAGCGACCUGACAGUGAUCUCUGUGGACAGCGACAGUCCUGCACACAGCACAGUCACCUCUUACAGCUCGGUGCAGUACCCACUGGUCAUGAGGCUGCCCCUGCCCUUCUGGGAGCUGGACCCCGACACCAUGGUCCCGCCUGCCUACAGCCUGUAUGUCCUGGAGCCACCACCCUCUUACGACGAGGCGGUCAAGACAGCUAAGCCCAGCCACCAAGAGCCAGCCCCCUCCCUGAGGCCAGAUCCCCUUUCCAGAAGCCCCUCUCCAAGUCCAGCCCCCUCCCUGGGGCCUCAGGUCUAGGGGCUGCUCCACUGCCCCUGGAGGUGGCCCCCCAGUGCCCAGCACCCCGACUAAAGCCCUGGCACCCUACAGGGCUGAGCGCACUCUGGGACGACGGAGCCUUUGAGCCAAAGCCUGCCCCCACCUCAUGCUCCCGGAGCCUGGCGUGUCACCUCCACCCCAGCCCGUCCCCUCCACCUUCCCCUUGGGAAGGCCAGUGUCCAGCACAUUGCUGCAGCCCACCUCGUUGCUAUGUAACAGCCUGGGGUGGGGGGCUCCCACCCGCCCCCGGGCAGGCAGCUGCUGCGCCCCAGUCCCUGGCCACCCCGGCUGGCCCGAGCUCGGGAGCACCCUGCCGGCUACCACGUCUACAGCUUUUUGGAAAGAGAAUAAAGUUUGUAUCUAA